AUGGUCAAUCUACAAGCAACUUCAAACUUCAUUAUCAUUACUUUACAAAUAUAUAAAAACAAAUGUCUAUAUUUUAUAAAAAAAUGUGCCAUUUUCUUGGUAGCAUUAUGUUUAUCAAGUAUGGUUAUAUCCAAGUCUGAAGAUUUUGUUGAAUUACCACAUGAAGUUGCUAAUCAUGGCCGAGAUACCACUCAUAACUCUGAAUGUCCAAUUGUUACAUCCAACACACUCACAUCUUAUUCAAGAAAACCAGGAGCUAAGCGUGAUAUUGAAGCAUCAUGGAAGAAAGAACAUUAUACCACCGAGCCAAUGGAACCUGUAAACUUCAAUGGUACCUACGUUCAAUCACCAGAAGAGGAAGGUGAAGACUUUGACAUUUUUGCUGAUGGAAAAGGUGCUACUGUCUGGGCUCCAUUAUCACCACCUCCAGGAACAUUGUAUACUAUUCGUGGCCUUGACGAAAGAAACUAUUACUUGGGUAGAAAUCAAAAUACCAAUAUGCGUAUCGUCAAGAAAUGCGGCAACUAUUGGUACCAAUCAAAGUUAUACUUCAAGAGUUGGAGACAAGUAAAACAAGACAACAAGUGGAACCAAGAUACAAUCAAGUUGGCCGUUGCAACUGCUACUAGAACAGCCAAUACAAUCGAUAUCUCACGUCCAAUCUCCCUCGAGACCAAUAGAGAAGACUACCAAUGUCCAAGUGAUGCCAAGUGGACCUACGGUAGUGCACCAAAUGGAAGCGUAUGGCUUGCAGAUCUGAUCAUGUCGUUGAUCGAUAUCGUCUCUGGUAAUUUUGCAAUGACAAGAAGAGGUCUCCAAAUCUUGGAUAUGGAUGUCAAUGGUAUAGCCAGAGGAUGGAACACCGUUGCCUCUGAUUGUGCAACCACUUAUCCUCCUGAACAAACAUUGAUCCCAUCUCAAUAUGCAUUGGAAGAUAAUGGUAACAAACGUUACAUGUACAAGGUCAGAAACGGACGUGGUUACCUCAUUGCUGAAUGCAAUGGUGAUGCUUUGUGGUUCAGUAACAAUGCCUAUGAUGAUACCUAUGUUGUAUUCACUCCAAUGUAA